AUGGCGAUGCAUGUGAAGUUCCCUUUUGGGAAAUUAGUGAGUGUGCUAGUGACGCACGUGGAGGCUUCGACGGGGGAUUUCUUCGUUCAAAUCAACGAUGAGGCGGGAAAGUUGGAUGCACUUAUGGUUGAAAUCGAACAAAAUGUUUUAUCGGGAAGAGCGAAACCAACCACAGCUUCCGAAAUCAUGUUAGGGCGUAUUUAUGUUGUACAGUAUCUACAAGACAGUCGAUGGUACCGUGCUCGAGUGUUAGGUGUGAACGUGGCCGAACAGCAAUGCGAAGUCUUUUUCAUAGAUUACGGAAACACUGAAUUUGUGUCUCUUAGCUGUAUUAGAAAUGCUGAAGAGAAGUUUUGCGAACUGCCACCGCAAUGUUUUGAAUGUGAAUUGGAAGGUUUUGAUCGAUUUCGCGGCGAUCGUUUCGAUGAGAUGUUGACGCUGUUAAAUGACACCAUACUAGAACAAGAACUAUACUGCAAAGCUAUUCAUCUGAAGAAAAACUGUGUUCUAGUCGCUCAGUUGUUUGUUGACGAUAAAGGCACCCAGUCUGUCUUAGAUGUGAUGCAAAAUGGUGGAGCUGGUACUACCGAAGACGCUCUGAGCAAUGGAGAUGUCACAAUGGCUAGACAGCCAAGUUUCAAAAGAGAAGUGAAAUACAAGGUUGUCACUCUUCCACAAGAUUCCUUUCAUGACCUCAGUGUCACAUGGGUUGAGGAUCCGUCUCAUUUUUGGUGCCAGUUAUUGUCCAAUGCUGAAACACUGGAGCAGUUAAUGGAGAGGAUUGCUGAUGUCUAUGCAAACCUUGAUCCGUCUAUGUUACCUCUUCAGUCAUGCACUGUAGGUCAUCCUUGCUGUGCAAAAUUCUACGAGGAUGAUGCUUGGUACAGAGGGAUAAUUACUAACGUGAGUUCAAUUGUGACUGGGCAGAUAGAAGUCAGAUUUGUUGAUUACGGCAAUACCCAAAACACAGAGUUGUCAGAUGUUAGAGACUUGAAGGAUGAAUUUCUUAAGGAACCAUGCCAAGCUUUGUACUUCGCCAUUGCAGGAGUUGACCCUGCAAGUAAAGAUGGACUGUGGGCUGAUGAGGCCAAGGCACUAUUUGAGAAGCUAAUCAAUUAUAAACAUGUUGUGGGGCUCGUAACCAGCGUGGAGAGUGAUGGACGACAUAGAGUUAAACUCAUGGAUACAACUUCUGAUCUUGAUAUGGAGCUCAACCAGAUUCUUAUAGCUGCUAAUUAUGGUGUCAAGUCUGCUGACCCCACUACAUCCAGGACUUUCACUGCGCCCACAACUGCUUUCAAACCAUCUGAUCCAGCUUCAAAACCAGCUCCUCGGGCUGUGUUUUCGAAAGAGAAGAUCCAGAUCGGUGUAGAAGAGAAGGUUUUAGUCACAAACAUCAUCACCCCUGGAAAGUUCUACUGCCAGCUGUUUAGGAAUGGACCCAGACUUGAGAACUUGAUGAUGGAGGUUGCACGCCAUUAUACCAAACUUGGUGCAAAUGAGGAGCUGCUGUCAUCACCAUCCCCUGGCGAUCCAUGUUGCGCUCAAUUCUCCGAGGAUAACUGUUGGUAUCGUGCUGUCGUGAUAAGUACUGCUCCAAAAGGAAUCACUGUGCUCUAUAUUGAUUAUGGGAACUCUGAGACUGUACCUGCUAGCAGGAUCAAGAAGCUGAUUCCCAAAUUUUCUGAAUUGCCGCAACAGGGCAUAGAGUGUACUUUGAACCGGAUCAAACCCAAGUUUACUGGAGGAGCAGGAGAGAGCAAGUGGAAGUCUGGUGAUAGCCAAAAGUUCAUGGACUUGGCUUUAGAAAUGGAGGGCAAGAUGACAGUCAUCGCACAGGAUGGGAGUGGAAUAUGCAGAGUGGAACUUGUCGUAAGAAACAGAAGAGAGGAACAAAACAUCAGCGAGCAGCUUCUUAUUGGAGGAAAUGCUGAGCUAGCAGAUGGAGCUCUUCCUGCUUCUGCAAACUUUAGCAACCUCAAGUCACAAACCUUUCCGGAGCCUGAUCUGGAGGUUGGCCAGUUUGAAGAUGUGAUUGUUAGUUACAUAGAACAUCCUUGUGACUUUUGGUGUCAGCUACAAAAAACUGCUGAACAACUUGAUUCACUGAUGCACGAGAUUUCAGAGCUGUAUUCUUCUGGGGGACAAAGAAAUUCAAUCUCCAAUCCAGCAUGCGGUAAGUAAUGUAGUGUUAAAUUCUCUAAUCCCCCCAGGGUUCGUUCAGGUCAUGAAAAACCUGGAAAGUCAUGGAAUUUAAUUUUCAAUUCCUGUAGGACACGACAUGAUUCUGUUGGUGUGCGAUGGCCAAAAAACUUUAAAAACUGUCACCAAAAUUCUUGAGCGAUUUCAAGAAUCAGUGGUAACACGGAAACAAAUUUUACCUCUGCAACCUGUAGACUGUUGCGUAUAAUUCGUUUUGUGAAGGACCGGUAUUUACAUAUUUAUGUAAAACGUGCUUUUAAUAAAGUCGCUUUUUUACCACUGCACCACCUUGAAAACUACCUUUUUAUCAAAAACUUUUGAAAUAAUAGCUUUGCUUGUAACUGCCUGCAGGUUUUGUUAACCAUUUCAAGCUCAAAUGAAUUGUAGACCAAUCAGCAGCGCUUCCAAACGCACUGUUGUAUAACUUUUGGUUUCUUUUGGAGAAACAGAUGUGCCAGUAAACUCUAAUGGAAGAAAAUCUACAUCAGAUGUUUAGAAACGCAUAGUGCUGCUUUUAAAGUUUAAGCCAGUAAGUUUUUUGACGUACCCAAAAAGCUUUUCUGAAAGUGUAAAAAAGAGUAUGCAAAUACAGUGUUUGAGAAGUAGGUUUCAAAUAAUUACACGUUUGGACACUACUCAGAUUUUUGAUGUGCUGUCAUGCAAAAAAUUUUAUUCAGCAAAUGCAUUGUUGUCCUUUUUUUUCCACUGUAAUUUGUUAAAUUCUAGACAACUUUGAAAGUUGCCGCUGUGGGUGAACGAUAACUACUCACAUCAAAAGAUUCGGUUCUUCUCAUGUUGGUUUGUUCAUUCAAAAAAUCAAGAAACUAGAAGUGGGUUUCAUGUUUUUGUGAAUGAAACCUCAGGAUCAAAUAUCAAUCGCUAUCAAAUUUGAAAACUCAGAAACUGCAAUUAAACAGUGUGCUAAUGAUCAUGACAAGCCCGUUUUCCUCAGUCUUUGAGGUAAAGCUAUGCGAAAUGUUUAGUUGGUUUCUCUCUGGACAUGUGGUCAGUCAUUUAUGCCAAUGUGCUUCAAGGAUUCUCGAAAUUAUUCUGUAGUGCAUGACGAGAAUUGCAUAGCGGGCAAUGCGAUUCUUGUGCUGCAGGAAAUGAGACACAACUGGUAACUUACUUUUAUUGUAACUGUAACCCCAGUUAGUAACGUCUGCAAAGCAGCAGGGAUUUCCUUGCUCUCGGCCCCCAAUGGACUCAACGAAUUACCAUUAAUGCAUUUCAAAUUCCCCUUCAACCUGAUUGCUGAUUGUUCGCUUAAGGUGCAAAUGGUUAUUGUUAGUUUUCUCGAGAAAUGAAUCAUUUCUUGAAAUCCUUUUGAGAGUUGAAUAUCAAAAAUGCUGAUUUCUUGAAACUCAAGGCUCGAUUUUUGCAUUUUCAAACUUGAUUCAUUUGAGUUUUGAUUAGUCUUCCUCCCACGUGUUAAUUGUCUCAUCACGUAAUGCUGCUCAGCGUUGUGUGAUGACACAAAAACGGUUGAGAGGGGGACUAAGUUUCAAGAAAUGUAAAUCAAGUUUCGGGGAUCUGGUUGAGACUGUCAACUUACGAUACAGACACUAUCAAUAAGGUCAUCCUAGUUAACUAAUUAAAACUAGGUUUAGGUACCCUAGCUCCAGGGUUCUGUUCUUGAAAUACAAUAAAGUAGAAAAAAAAUUUACCUAUAGCACCCUGGGGAAGGUUGAGGAAAAGAAAUUUAAAAAAACAAAAACAACAAAAAACGGAGAUUGACCACUGACAUUGACAUUCAUGCUAUGCUAUUUGUGCCCCUAUGAGUUAAAUAAAUAAUAAAUUUGAUGCUUAUGAAUCAACCAAUUACUGCACCAUGUGUCAUUGGCAAGAAGUUGCCAUAUUAAUAAAGUUAUUGAUUUUUUUUUACUGGGCUCCUAACUUUUUAUUUUAGGGGCCCAAAGGGCUCCUAGAAAAUUUUCUUGGACAGCAGCCUUGCUUCCUCUGUGGGGGUGUGGAUUUUUUCUGGAAUAAACCAAUGGUAAAAAAAAUACCAAGAUAAAAAUUUAAGCAAAUUUAAAAGAGAACGAUAGGACAAUAAACUUGUUCCUUUUUACUGUGAUUUUUGCUUGAUUAAUUAACUAAAGACUGCUAUCAGAAUUUCUCAAUAUUAAAUUUUGAUCCAGACCAGUGAUUCUCAAUAUUUACAGUCACUUACUCUCAAUACCUGGAGUUUUUAAUACAAUAAACUAGUCAGACUACAACCUGUCAUCUGUGACAUUAAUAGUUAAUCAAAAUUAAUGGUAUAUUCUUGUAUUCUAAGCAGAAGACAUCAUCUUGCAUUGAUUGGCUAGUUUUAAAACUUUGUUCUCUUUAGGUAUGUUGUGUUGUGCACAGUUCACAGAAGAUGACAAGUGGUACAGAGGGAAAAUUACAGGUGUUCAAAAAGGAGGCCAAGUAGAAGUCCACUUUGUUGAUUAUGGAAACUAUGAGUUGCUUCCAAUGUCACGUGUCAAAAGGCUACAGGCUGAGUAUUUACUCCUUCCACCCCAAGCAGUUAAGUGUGCUCUUUUGAAGAUUGAUCCCUUGAACAAAGAUUUGCUGUCAGAUGAUGUCAUGCAUAGAUUUGAAGAACUUACACUGGACAAAGAACUUGUAAUGAUGGCCGAUAAACAUGAUAAAAGCAGUGGUACCUAUGAAGUUGUUUUACUAGACACCACCGAGGGAAAGAAUUUAGAUGUUGCAAAAGAACUUCAAGCUCUCAUGGGCCCCUCCAUAAACCAAGGAGCAGCCAGUAUUGUUGGUGUGGCAAUCCAGCCUGGUAUCACUGAACAAGUGUUUGUGUCCUCUGCUACUAACCCUUCAAAGUUUUCUUGUCAGUUAAUGAAAACAGCUUCUUCUUUGGAUGAUCUAAUGAAUGAGAUGUUUGACUAUUAUGAACAGUUGGGUCCGCAACAGGAGCAAAUGUUUAAGCCAUCAGUCGGUGAAUUCUGUGCUGCCAAGUUUACACUGGAUGAUGGUUGGUAUCGUGGUAAAGUGCUUAGUGCCCAAGGGGACAGCAUAUCAGUUCUGUACAUAGAUUAUGGAAACUCUGAAACUCUUUCAUUUUCAAGACUGAAGGCCUUAAACUCAAAGUUUCACAGCCUUCCUAGCCAAGCUAUUGAUUGUGCUUUAUCUGGGAAUUUUGGGGGCAUCAGUGACACUCAAUUCCAAGAGAUUGUUUCUGAGAAAGAGUUCAUAGCCAAAUUUUUAUCUAUAGAAAGUGGGGUUGCAGCUGUAGAUCUGGUAUCAAAGGAAACAAGCCAGUCUGUUGCCAACAUGCUUGGCACGGACUCAAAGUCCUCAGCGCCUUCAGCUUGUACGAUUGCUUAUUCAGACUGGAAGAUUGGAGACACCCUUGACAUUUAUGUCCCGUUCGUUGAAAGUGCACAGAAAUUCUUUUGCCAAGCUUCAAGUCAUUCAAGCGAGCUUGACGAUCUGAUGAACAAACUUGAGGAAUAUUAUAAAAGUAAUUCAGAAAACCUCACGACAAUCUCGAAUGGUUCUUGCUGCGUUGCAAUGUAUAGUGAUGGUGGAUGGUACAGAGCAAAAGUGGAGCAUGUUCAAGGUGGAGAGAUCAAGGUUAACUAUAUUGAUUAUGGAGACAGUGCCAUUGUUCCAAUUAGCAGCAUCAGAACUUUGAUGCCUGAGUUUUCUAAUUUGCCAGCACAAGCAGUGCAAUGUUGCUUAAAAGGUUUCUUAUUGAGAACAGGUCCCGAAAACUUCAAAGACCUUGUCCUUGAGCAAGAAUUUAAGGCACAAGUUGUAAGUGCCAAGAGUAGUGGUAUCUACGAAGUUGAUUUAAUACCACAAGAUGGUUCUGCAUCAAUCAGUCAAGUGUUGUCCAAGGAUUUUGAAACAGACUCUAUAUCAUCCUUGAGCAUUCCCAGCAUUCAGUGGAAGCUUGGUGACAAUGUAAAUGUUUUUGUGUCGUUUGUAGAAAGCACACAAAAGUUUUUCUGCCAGGUCUCUGAAUAUGCAAGUGGUCUUGAUGAUCUUAUGACUAAACUUGAGAAGCAUUAUGGUGCUAGUCAAGAAAAUGUUCAUUCAGUCACUGCUGGAAUGUUUUGUGUUGCCCAGUAUGAAGAUGGCGGAUGGUACCGGGCUCAAGUUUUGCACAUUCAGGACAAAAGUGUCAACGUGUUUUACAUUGAUUAUGGUGACACUGCUACCCUUCCUUUGAGCAGUUUAAGAUCACUAAUACCUGAAUUCUCAUCCUUGCCUGCCCAAGCUGUAAAGUGCUGCUUGAAGGGACAUUCUACUAACCAAGGACCUGAAAACUUUAAGGAUCUUGCCACUGACCAAGAAUUUCAAGCACAAGUUGUUAGUGUGAAAGGGCAAGGUACUUAUGAAGUGGAUUUGGUUUCAAGUAACGAUUCCACUUUCACAAGCAACAAGUUGUUGGAAGGAGCAGAAACUGCAGAAGUGUCAUCUUGCAGAAUUCCUAGCAUUCAGUGGAAGCAAGGCGAUCAAGUGGAAGUCUUUGUUCCAUUUGUGGAAAGUGCACAGAAGUUCUUUUGCCAAUCAUCUCAGUCGUCAAGUGACCUAGAUGAUCUUAUGAUCAGGCUUGAAGAGUAUUACACAACAAAUAAGGAAGCAGUAACAUCAAUCAGCACCGGUGCUUUCUGUGUUGCUCAAUAUGAAGAUGGUGGUUGGUACCGUGCACAGGUUACCCAUGUCCAAGGGCAGAGCAUCAGCGUCUUCUACAUUGAUUAUGGUGAUAGUGCAACACUUCCUUUGAGUAGUAUUAGAUCAAUAAGGCCAGAAUUCUCAUCCUUACCUGCCCAAGCUGUAACGUGUUGUUUGAAGGGACAUUUUCCCACUGAAGGGCCUCAAAACUUUAAAGAUCUUGUCAUUGAAAAAGAAUUUCAAGCACACGUUGUUGGUGUGAAAGGGCAAGAUACUUAUGAAGUGGAUUUGGUUCCAAAAGACGGUUCCACUUCCAUAAGUACCAAUAAUUUGUCUGGAGGAACAGAAACAGCUGAGAUGUCAUCUUGCAGUGUUCCUAGCAUUCAGUGGAAGCAAGGCGAUCAAGUGGAAGUGUUUGUUCCAUUUGUGGAAAGUGCACAGAAGUUCUUUUGCCAGUCAUCUCAAUCGUCAAGUGACCUAGAAAACCUUAUGACCAAGCUUGAAGAGUAUUACACAACAAAUCAGGAAGCUUCAACAUCAAUCAGCACCGGUGCUUUCUGUGUUGCUCAAUAUGAAGAUGGUGGUUGGUAUCGUGCUCAGGUCACCCAAGUCCAAGGGCAAAGCAUCAGUGUUUUCUACAUUGAUUAUGGCGACAGUGCAACACUUCCUUUGAGUGGUAUUAGAUCAAUAACGCCAGCAUUCUGUUCUUUGCCUGCGCAAGCUGUUCACUGCUGCCUGAAUGGUACACCAGAAAAUUUAAAAGAUGUUAUUCUCGAACAAGAGUUUGUCCUUCAUGUGGUCGGCAACAAACAACCUGGAAUUUAUGAAGUGGAGUUGACAUCCAAGGAUGGUUCUGUCUUGUUUGGUGAUGCACCACCCAGUGAAAUUAAAACCGGUAUGUACAGGUAGUAGCUGAAUUUAAGGGUGCAUCCCAUAGGAAAUCUGGAUUUAGAUUUUGAAAUUUGGAUUUCAGAUUUGAAAUGUUUUUAAUGUUUUACGGCAAAUCCAAAAUCCUGAUUUCAAUAUCUAAGGCUAGAUUUUCCAAUCAAAAGCACCCCCCUGAGUAUAGAGAGAAGUUGUUAUAUCUCAUUACCAUGUUAGCAAAAUUUCUGAAUCUCAGCAAAUCAUUUUCCAGCAAAUAUGGAAGAAAAAAAAAGUUGACAGGUACGACCUUUGGUCGUCUGCUUGAUUGUUUUUUUUUUAGUCAGGAACAAAACAGUAGCCCAUAGUUUUUUUGCAUGGCUCUGCGUGCAAAGAAAGUAGUGUCCGAUAGCCCAGGACUGGUGGAUUUUGCUGUUGGGCUAGUGAAUUCUGUUAUUAACUCUUCCAACAGGCAAGCGGAAUUUUUUGAGAAAUUCAAAUUACAGAAGAACUGCUAAAUCAAGAUCUGCUCAUCAAAACGUUUUUGGGGCUAGUUGAAAUGAUGUUUGGGCUAGUAAAUGUUAGCUUCAGCAAAUGACUUUCUUUGCACCCUGAUGGCUUGAUAAGGCGAAUAGCCAUCUCUGUCAAGAAAGAUUGCUGAGAUCCAGAAAUUUUGCUACCAGGUUAACAUGACAUAACAGUUCUCCUCUCUAUUAGAUAUUAAUUGUUUGUGAGUAACCGGAUGCCUCUUGUCUUACCACCAUCUAUGUAUUAACUGUAGGUGGUUAUUUAAGGGAGGCAGAAGAAAUGGAUGCCUUUUAGCCCACCAGGGUUGUCCUUGACAUGUGAACAAACCUGGGAAAUGGAAUCCAACAUCUCAUUCCAAUGUCUCAUUUUAUUGACGUCAAGCUAGUAUACAAUACAUGUAUUAUUAUAGCUAGAAAUAACGCAAGGGUAGAUAGUGUGGUUAUUGCAGAUACUGAUAGAAGGGUUCUGAGGAUACAUUUUAGAAUUGCAAGGGUUUUGGAAAAGAAAGCAAAGUAGUAUUGGAGAAGACCUCUGUUAAACUCAUACAUGUACAACAAAGUUGACCUAGGAUUAUAAUGUGAGCAACUAAAUCAAUCACAUAAGUUUUUCUUGGUUUUCAAAGCAAGUGCCUUCAAGUCAAUUAAAAUUAUGAAUGAAACUAUAUAUGGCGUUACUAUUUGAAUAACCAUACACUGCUUCAUGUUGCAUUUUUAAACAUUUCUCAGCUUUUACGUGACAUGUUCAAGGUUACAGUAGGUACUUGCUUAUAUUCGCCAUACAGAGAUAACUUCAUGUGACUGGAACUGCAUAACAUACAAUGCGCAACACAACAUUUUUCACAUUCUUAUCAAUCUUAGUGGAAGUCUUAGAACGGUUCACAGCCCCUGCGUACUAGAUUUUGACCAACCUGAUUUUGAUCAUGGCUCCUUGCUCGCCAACAAUAAAAUUAGAGUGGUUUUCUCUCUUAAUAUCUUUGUGUCAAAUCUUAAUUGACUCAAACAUCAGUUGCAUUGAUCGGUCGUGCUUAAAAAAUGCAAAAAAAAAACAUACAGAGUUGACUCGAAAAUUCCAUGGAAAAUCUUUAUCCAACCACUAACCACUACCCACCUGCACUUCCUUUUGUCCAAUCUUACAGUCCUACAAGUUUGCCCAGGACAUUUUCCCAACUAAAUGAAGACCAAAUUCCCAGGAGAGAAAGCGAAUUGUAAGGAGAAGGUAUCUCCAAAUCCUGGAUCAAAAAUCCUCCAGUGUCAUGGUUGCAACAAGUCGAUGCUUCUCAUAAACUAGCCUUCUGCACAUGUUCAAACUUUAGAAAUUGAUAUUUAGCAUCAUGAGCAGAAUGCAACAUAUUGCUUGAGUUGCAAACAGUGCUUUUGAUUCUUUUCAGCAAGAUAGUGACCACAAAUGACUUGAUUAAGUUCAAAAGAUCUUUUUUGGCAAACGUUCAAGGGGCAAAUGGGUUAACUGACUACUUGUUCUCUUUUCAAGAUACAUCCUUGCUAGAUGAGAUUACAGAAGGUUCAUCCAUCCAGUUCUGCCCUACUGCAUGUGUUAGCCCACACCUAUUUCACUGCCAGAUUGCAACAGCUGAUCAUAAAGAGAGGUUGGAACAGCUGAUGAACCAGUUACAGGACUGUUAUGAAGUACUUGGAGUGCAGGAACAGGGAAUCAGCAACCCCACCAUUGGAAUGAAUUGUGCUGCAGUUUUUGCAGGUCAGAUGUGAAAAACAUGGUUUUGCAUCAUUUUUGUUUACAGGUUCUGUGUAGCACUGUGUACUUCUUAAUACACUAUUCAUAAAUUAGGCACCAAUUAGACCAAUAAUAUCGUGGAUGCAAACUCGGGUAGAAAGGGCUUGAUGCCAAAUGUCUCAAUGGAUGCAUUUCCAUUAAUUACAGCAGUAGUAAGGUAGCUUUUUGUCCUGUUUGCACAUGUAUGUUUCAGGUCUACUUCAUUAGAGUGCAAUCCAGUGAUGAAAGAAAGGACUCCCUCUUCUGAGUUAUUGUGAGGAUAUGUCCAAAACCGGAAUCGAUAUAGAGAUUCUGAGGAGGCACUCUAGAGUAAGAUAAUUGGCUGUUUCACCAGAGGUACAUUGCAGCCCUUUUUCUCCCAUUAUAAACAUUAUUAUUGACAUGUAAUGAUCUUACAGCUUAUCCAGGUUUAAGGCAACAGGAGUUUUCAUUUAGCCAAGUAGACACCACUGUUAAGCAGACACCAACAAGUUAAUAUGGGUGUUACUGCAGGUGGGCUUGAUGACCAUGGCAUUCUCUUUCAAUUUCCAGGUGAUGAUUUGUGGUAUAGAGGAACCAUCGUUGAAGUGGUGGACCAACAGAAGGUGAAGGUGUCUUUUUCAGACUUUGGUAACAUUGACACAGUGCCCCUGAGCAAAUUGAAGACCAUCAGCGCCGACUUGUUACAGCUGCCUCCUCAGGUGAUCCAGUGUGGCAUUUCCUCCAUCAGUCCUGUUGGUGGUGCUGAGUGGUCUGAUGAUUCCAUUGAAAGGUUCUGCAACCUCAUCAUGCACAAAAGGUUACUUGGCAAAGUUAUCAAAAAAGGUAGUGUUCCCUAUUUGUCAUAUGUAAACCCCUCUGGUCAAAUUUAUCUGUCUUCCUUCCAAGUUACAUUCUAUUGAUUCCAGCCUUGAGAUUUAUAUGUAAGUUUUCUAUUAAAUUGUUAAGCUUUCAAGACCCAUUUGUGGAAAUUACCUGCCAGUUCUCUUUUUGAGUCAUCAAGACUUCUUUUAGAAACAAAAGAUGGAAAUUAGUGGUGAUAACAUUUUUUUGUUUGGCCUCAUCAUAACUAGUUUUGUUUCUGUUUUCAUGCCAAAGCAAAGCUGUUUCAACACAAAAAACAUACAUUUGUGGGUUCACAGUUAUUGAUGUUUUCCCUUUUAUAUUUCUAAAACAGAAAGUGGCAACCUGGAAAUUGAGCUUUUUCAUACCUCUGAUUCUUCUGAAGACAUCAACAUUGGUGAGCUGUUAGUGAAGGAAGGUUUAGCCAAACAAUCAUCAUCAGCAAUCAAAUCCCUGUCUGACCUUAAAAAACCAUGUGUUUCAAAAAAUGAGAAAGUUUACAUCACAGCUGUAGAAUCACCAGAGAGUUUUUAUUGCCAAAUAAGUGGUUCUGAAGAAAAGCUUACUUCUCUGAUGGGUAAGAUCUCUGCCAUUUACGAUUCUAUGCCUGCUGAUGAGUUGAAGAUAAACACCAUCUCUGUGGGAGAUGUUUGUUGUGCACAGUUUUCGGAGGACAACCAGUGGUACCGUGCUAUUGUGGAGGAUGUCAAUGCUAGUGAAUUGACUGUGAGAUUCAUAGAUUAUGGCAAUUUGGAAACACUGAAUAUUGAUAGGACAAAAGUGCUAAAUGAUGACUUCUUUGGUGAUCCUCCCUUGGCAAUCAAAUGUUGUCUUUAUAAGCUGCAACCGCCUGCUGGUCAGACGUGGGCUGAUGAAGCAGGCACAUUUCUUGAGGGGCUGGUCUCUGAGAAGGAGCUGGAUGCCCAGUUCUUGUCGUUUACUGAGCCAUUCAAGAUUCAACUAAGAGAUGGCACUACUGAUGUUCAAGAGGAACUGGUCAAAGCAGGUUUAGCUGGGAUAAAAUCCACUGUUCCGGGCACAACAACAGCUGCUGAGUAUAUCAAGCCCGUUUUGAAAAGUGGUGAAACUUGUGGUGUAUGUAUCAGUCAUAUCUCUUCCCCUGGAGAGUUUUACUGCCAACUGGUCAACUUAAAAGAACAACUCGAUGGAAGUAAGUGCUAGUCAAAGUUUGGUUUCUACAUCUUCUUCCUGAAGGCCUUUCUUGCUCAAGCUUUUUGUCACAAAAAAUUUUGUGAAGAGAACAAAACAGUGUGAGCAUAGUUUUUUUUUUUAAAAAAAGAAUGAAUUUGUUCAACUGAUCGGUUAUUUUCUUACCAUGUUGUUACUUGUCCUUAUUGUUGUAGUGAUGAAUGACCUGAACAGCCACUACAGCCAGCUCUCCGAGACAGAAAGCUCUAUUGAUUCACCAGUGGUAGGACAGUCAUGUGUAGCAUUGUAUGAAGGGAUGUGGUACAGAGCUAAUAUUCUUGGCUUCUCUGAAAAUGACUUUACAGUGCAUUAUGUGGAUUAUGGAAAUGAAGAAACUUUGGAACAUUCUGCAGUUAAACAGAUUUCACCAUUGUUUCUCAAGACAACUCAAGUUGCUGUCAAGUGCUCUUUGGAUCCUAACAGAGGCCAGUGGUCGGAGAAAGCAACAGCCCUCUUUGAAGACUUAACAGGAGAGGAUGAGCUGGUUAUAAAGAUUAUUGGUCAGAAAGGUGACACAUACCAGGUCAAAGUGUUUAGUAAGGAUGAGCAUUGUGUGAGCGAAGAAGUGUACAACACCUUUUCGGGAGAAGGUAUGUUUCUGAUCGACAUCUUUUUUUUUACCAUGCUUAACAUAGAAUUAAUGAAAAUCUUGAAAGCUGUUGUUGAAUACCACAUUCCUAAGACUAGUACUAACUUCUAUUUAACCUAAUCAUCCCAGGGAAUUGUGCUGAAAAAUGCGUGUUGAAGCUAGUCGAGCAGUUUUCUAGUUACUGUCUGGCUAUAAAGUUUAAAACUUACCUAAAAGUCGUUUAGGUGCAAAAUGUCACCUUUUAAAGUCUGGGCAGGUGCAGAAAGCAAAAUGUCAAGGUUUUAGGUUUAAAAGUUCAAGUCACGAGUUUUACCUUUCACUUUCCUUCUUCCCCUUUCCUUUCAGUAUUCUCCCCCUGUAAUUUUUUCUGGUUUGUUUGUUUGCCUUUGUCUAGUAGUCUUCAUUUUGGUGAGAAUAGAUUUUGGGAAACCUUUUAGGAUUGCGAGAUGGGAUGGAAGGAAGUGCAGGCUGGUAGGGGAACAACAUUUUCAUAAGAAUUUUCUGGCCAACUUAACAUGGUUUUGUCUUUUUCUCUGACCCUUGCUUAUUUUCAUAUGGUUUGAAAGAUCUCAUCCCCUGAACAAGUUAGGUAACAAAGUUGUCCUUGACUGUGAAAGCUGAUAACGUCAAAUUGCGUGCAAGGAUUGUAGUUCUGUAUGGGCAGUUACGGGCAGCUCAGAGGCAAAUGGAAAUAUAUUUGAUAAAUUCUAAACUUUCCAGAGUGUUUCUCUCCUAUAUACUGUUGUAUCAGGCAUCAAAUAUGGAAAAUAUUGCUUGUACAAUGCACCAUUACGGUAAUUAUUUUUCUAGUGUAAUUUUGCAGCGUUCCAGUAAAUUAAUUAAAGUUAAUCCACAGUUAAAUGAUGAAACAUUUUCAUUUUAUGUUACAUUUGUCCCAACAUAGUGUGACUAAAGAGGCAAACAUUGUUGACUGAAUACCACAUGGUGUAAGCCCACAUAAAGGGUUUUGUAUAUUACAGCAAAAAAAUAAUUCUAUGUACUCUUUUUAUGAUCGCUUAUUUUUUUCCUUUUUGAGCUUACUUUGUUACCAAAGCUGGCCAAUUGAUCAAAUAUUUCUUUUUGGCGCAAAAUGCUGCAUGAAAUGGUUUGAUCUAAAUCAUACAUGGAAAGCCUUUCAAAUGCCAUGUUAACAGAUAUGGCUAAACCAUUAAAUGUUUUUCUGAGUCAGUGUUGGACUAAAAUGUUUCUUCAUUUAGCCGGUGCUUAAACAUUGGCAUUAAAAAUCUCUCUUUUCAUUGGCUCGUUACCUGAGGAGCAGCUUCCACUGUAGCUGUUUAUCUAACCCUUGUACUAAUGCGUUAAAAUAAUGUCCUACGUAAUUUAACCCUUGGAAAGUUAAAAUUGAAAUAACUUGAGCUAUCCUGGGUUUCCUGUUGUGUCAUUGUUAUUUUGAGAUAUUUUGUACAGCAGCCUUGUUACUUGCUUUUGGUAAAAAAAUAGUUGUCAGUGUAUGUAACUUCUUUGGAUGUUAUUCAUAAUUCACCAUUUUUUAUUCCUUGCCCUUGACUUCAGUUUUUGUUUCUCUUCUUUUUAAUGUCUUGCUUAAGAAAGCAAAGAAAUUUCUUAAAUACAUGUACAUGUACCAUUGCUGUGUUCUGUGUUGUUGUAUGCUGACUCCUGAAGGUCUGCUCAAGGAACAAUAAUUGUGUGAUGCGCUAAAGCUCUAACCAGUGAGAUGCAGGGUGCCCUUCAUAAUUGCUUCCUAAUUUAUUUUUUAUGGGAAUAAAAGUCGAGAAUAGCAGCCAUUUUCUCUGUAGCACAAUAUACUUUGUUGUCACGUGAGCUGGUUUCCUCAUUUUCAGAUUGCCAGCAUGCCACCCUAAACAUAUUCUCCAUUGCCUCCAAACCAUGUGAUGUGACACGUGUUUUCCAUAGCUUCAAAACUGUGAGAUACACCUCACAUGCUUUCAGUUGCCCCAAGUCAUGUGAUACACUUUAUUAAAAUGCGAUUUCCAAUUGCUUUAUAAGUGAAGUGGAAUUAACCCCAAGAUUUUCUUUCCAGCCAAGACAUAACUGAACCACUAGGGGGCACUGGUGCUGUUGCAGCGCACCCUUGCUUGACAUACAUUGCAUUGAUAGUUUUUACUUUCUGCGGUCAUGUUCUCUUUAGUAUUAAUUUGCAUUUGAGCGGUGUGAUAUCAUUAAGAAUGUCAUAACUUCACUCUUUCGCAAAUAAUUAAAAUCUUUUGUUUCCUGAGGCAGCAGUUUAUAGAAAGGUUAAGUAGGUUGUGAAGUUUAUGGAAUUGUUGAUUGAGGUAAUUACUUUACCAGUAAGAAACGUAAUAAAAUAAUUUAGGGUAUCAUUGAGCAAUGCAGCUUAAUACUAAAGUAUACUUGUGUAAGUGCUACACUUUGUUCUUAAAGGAAAGGGUGCUUGGAGUUCAAAGUCAAGAGUCGGAGACCUGUGGGAACAUGGCCUUGUCAGAAAUCUACUGUUAAACAUUCAGUGGGACUUCACUCUAUCUGUAGUAGGGUUGUAUUUAUAGUAGGAGAAUCAGACUUGAGUUGACUGAGACUCGUUUUCUUUAUUUCCAACUCAGUUCAAGACUUGCAGCGACAAAAGCCAGUCUUCCCAGAGAUGGCUGUGCACUCAGGCCUCACAGAAGACAUAUAUGUUUCCUACGCUAAGAGUUCACAAGCAUUUUAUAUCCAGCUGUCCAAGACAUACGACCAACUUUUACAUAUGAUGGCUGAACUUUCCAGAGUUAACUCCAGCCUCCCUGAUGAUGUGCAUCCACCAGAUCUUGAUGUUGGUACACCCAUUUGCGCUCUUUUUGCUGAGGAUGAGGAAUGGUACAGAGCAGUUAUUGAAAGCAUUCCCUCAGAGUUUGAAGUCGGAGUUCGCUUUGUUGAUUAUGGAAACAGUGAUGUGGUUCUUCUGUCAGACGUCCGGCCAUUGGACAAGAAGUUUUUAAAUGUUCCAAUGCAAGCAGUUCAUUGCUGCCUUGAUUCUCAAGUGGAUGCCGACACUUUUCAUCAACAAGUGGAUGGUAGAGAACUAAAGGCAACGUUUAUGUCACUGAAAGAAACAAUGCAGUGGCAAGUUAGUUUAUCAGAUAAAGGAGGCAAAUUAAUUGGACCAAAGACGAAACCAAAGGUACAACAUCCUUACAAUGAUGAAGGACCUAUGCUAGAAGACAACUCAGACACAUGUGAGAUUAGAGAGUUCACUCAGCUGAAGAUCAAGCCAAAUGUGACAAACACCGUUUAUGUGAGCCACGUGGUGAGCCCAGACGAAUUUUACGUUCAGUUUGAAUCUGCGCUCGACUCAUUGUCAAUCCUGAGUGAGAAGAUGAGCACUUUUUACACUAAGAUGCAGCCAUCGGACUUCUUGUUGAAUAAUCCAUGCACUGGGAUGUCCUGCUGUGCACGCUUCAGUGAGGAUGGCAACUGGUACAGAGGGAAAAUUAGGGAAGUUGGUUCUCAUGGGGCACUUGUCCAGUUUAUUGAUUAUGGGAAUUGCGAAGUUGUACCCUUCUACAACAUUAAGGAUACUAAAAAAGAAUUUAUGCAGUUGCCACAACAAUCCACUCUUUGUGGGCUAGAUGCAACCAAGGAUGUGUGGUCUCCUGAAGAAGUGAAUACUUUAAAGACAGUUGCUCUUGACAAGUGCUUCCAAGCCAAGUUCAUCAUCCGUGAUGGUCCCAAAUGGAGGGUGUGUCUGGAAAGCAGUGGAGUCUCUGUUCUGGACAUGUUCAUGGGAAAAGUUACUGAAGAGUCAAGUAUACAAGUGGGAACCUACGCUCCGCAAAAGCUCUCCUCAAGUCAGGUCGAAGAGGUGUUUGUAAGCUAUGUGACAGAGUCUGGUGACUUCUUUGUUCAGCUGUCCAAAACAUCACCUGAUCUACAGACCAUUGAAAUGCUGGUUAGUGAAACGUACGACCAAAUGGGGCCUACUGAAGAUGCCCUGGAAAUGUGUUUUGUGGAUUCCCCAUGUUGUGCCAAGUUUAGUCAAGAUUUCAAAUGGUACAGGGCACUGGUCACAAGGAUUUUUUCUGAGGCAGAAGUGGAAGUCCUUUUCGUUGAUUAUGGCAACACUGAUACUCUUAAAGUGGAAGGUGUGAAGCAAAUAAAAUCUGAACUCUUGACAUUCCAAGUGCAAGCAGUCAAGUGCCGCUUGGAGGGGUCCAAAGAGGUUUGGACCGAUAGUGAUGUUCAGCAGUUUGAAGCCAGUGUUAUGGACAAGCCUUUGCAUGUAACGUUUACAAGACAGCAAGGUGAUACCUGGUUUGUAACCAUACAAGAACUUGACUUGUUCAGUAGCAAAGUAACUCCAAAAGUGAAGUCUUUCUCUAAGGAGGAGUUUGAUUGUAACAGUCGAGAAGAUGCUUACUUUGUUUGUGCAGAUUCCCCGGACUGUAUUUGGCUGCAGCCAGCAAGAACAGGAGAGGCGUUAAUUGCACUGAUGGAUCAGAUUGCUAAUGAUGUGACAGGCCAACAAAUGGACAAAUCUCAGUUGUUGCCAGGAGUGCCUUGUCUAGGGCAAUUUACAGAUAAUGAUGUCUGGCACCGUGCACAAAUUCUAGAUCUACAAGGCAACUCCAGUGUGACUGUUUUCUAUGUCGAUUAUGGAAAUUCUGAGACCCUCACUGUGGAUAGGCUUCAUCCAAUAAGCGACUCUCACCUAAAACUACCAGCACAAGCAAUUCAUUGUCGCUUGGCAGAUUUAGAAGGAGUGGAUCCCACCAAGGUCACAGAGUACUUGAAUGAGGUUCUUUGCGAAAAAACUUUCAAAGUUGAAGUGCAGGAAGGGCAUGCUGAUGGCUCUUACACAGUUAAACUAUACGAGGUUGGUUCUGAGCUGUCAGUUAAUGAGCAGGUAGUAGGAGAAUGUCUUGGGGAUACAUCUUUGAUUGAAGAGGUUACACUGGAACAAUUGACUCCACCACGUCCAUCAGCACCUGGCGAAAAGAGAUCAUUUAAGCUUCCAGAAGUCAAGAAGGGAAUCAUGUUACCUGUUAGUUUUGUUUCUGCUUUCCUGCCUUCAAAAUUGCAGUUGUUGCUCUCUGAAAGAAUUGAAGAAAGAGACAAGAUAACCAAUCAUGUGACUUCCAUGUAUGAGGCACUUGGUGAGGGCGAGCUCAAGCUUGAAAAUCCAGAAGUUGGAGUUCUAUGUUGCGUUCAUUUUUCUCCUGAACAAGGUGAAGCUUCGAAGUGGUACAGAGGGGAAGUAAUAAGUAUUUCUGCUGAUGACACUGCUACUGUGAAGCUAGUAGAUUAUGGAAUUCAUGAAAAGAUCCCAAUUUCAGAGCUACGGUUUUUGAAGAAUGAACUCUUAGAAAUGCCAGUUUUUAUAUUGGAAAGUAGUUUAGCAGGUAUACGUCCAAGGUCUCAUGAUGGCCAGUGGUCGCCUGAGUGUUCAAGUGUUUUGGAGUCAUUCUGUCGCUCUAAGGUGCUUACUGCAAACAUUACAGAAGUAUACAGGGACUUCGUAGAGUUGAUCUUGACUAGUGAUGAUGGCAAAGUGGUGAAUGAAAGUCUGGUUGACUUGGGAUAUGCAGAGGUAUGCAACAUCCAGGAAGAUUUCUCUCUAGAGGAGCGACAAAUCAAGUGGCCAGAAUUGCAGGUUGAACAAUGUUUAGAUGUUUUUAUGAUGGCAGUAAAAGAUUUACAAUCAAUACAACUGCAACUUGCUGACUCAGAGGCUGAGUUGACAAAAAUGAGGGAACAGUUAACGGCAGUGUACUCGUUGUUAGGUGAAGCAGAAGAGGUUAUUGGGAAUCCAAGGGUGGGACAGGUUUGUUGUGCUCAAUUUGCAGAUGACGGAGAGUGGUAUCGAGCUGUAAUAACUUGUGUUUCAGAUACUGGAGUCAAAGUUAAAUUUUUGGAUUAUGGUAACAUGGAUGUGGCUUUGUCAAUCAAGCAACUGAAGGAGGAGUUUUUUAUUUUGCCAGUUCAGUGUUUUGAAUGUAGUCUCGGUGGUAUAAUCCCAGCUCCUGAAUACAGUGACACCGAAACUGCAGCAAAAUUGCUUGAAAUGUAUGAUGGCAAGCAACUCACGGCAGAAAUCACCUUUGUCUCAGGAGAUUCUGUGAUGGUUAAUUUAUUCCAUGAUUCAGGAGAAACAAAACAGUCUGUUGCAGACACUCUUGUUAACCUGAGAUAUGCAGUGCCCCAGCUUAAAUCUAGGGAUGACGCGAAACGGGUUUCAGUGAGUGAUGAGGGCAAAAUAGUGUACAAUUAUCCAAAUUAUGGAGAAGUUCAUACUGUGUGCUUGAUAUCAGUGACUUCACCGAGUGACUUUUGUUGCCAGCUAGAAAAUUGUAAGACUGAGCUUAAGUCCAUGUCAGAAAGGAUUGAACUGUUUUAUUAUUCUCUGGGUGAAAAUGACUUGAGGCUUCACUACCUUCAAGAUGGAGAUGUCUGCUGUGCAAAAUUUGCUGAGGAUGAUAAGUGGUAUAGGUCUCUUGUUGAUAAAGUGUGCUCCGAUGGCCAGGUCAGUGUGCGCUCAGUUGAUUACUUUAAGCAAGAGACUCUUACUCUCGACAGGAUCAAAAAACUUGAAGCAGCGUUUGCUGUACUUCCUGUUCAGGUUGUUAACUGCAGUCUUAGCAGUAUUGAACCCCCUCACAAAUAUUAUGGAGAGGAGUGGAGCAGUGAAGCUGUGGAACGUUUUAAAGAACUUGGCAAAGGAAAAGAACUUAAGAUCAAAGUCAAAGGUCAAGAAGGUAAUAUCGUUUUGGUGGAGCUGCUGACUUCUACAGGUCUCUCUGUCGCUGAUCAGCUGGUAUCUGAGCAGCUGGCUGUAGAGAGGAAGUUACCUUUGACCGUGUCCCCUUUGAAAGGCACAGAAAAACAAUUGAAAUCUUUGUCAAUAAGUCAAGUAGAGAAAGCCUUGGAGCAGAGUUCAGAAGAGGAUGUCUUCCAGGAGGCUGAGUCCGGCAUUGAAGGAGUACUGGAGUUAUCAGAGGGGAAAGAAAGCAAUGAGGAAGAAGAGGAAGAAUUUCACGAUAGCUCUGAUCAGUUUACCAGUGAAGAGAAAAGUAAAAGUUCAGCUGUCCUGGAGAAUGAAGAAGGAGACCUGCAGACAGCUGAGAGCUCUGUAGAAGAAAAAUAUGCUACCCCUCUGGAAGAGGCAGAGGUGCAAGGUACUGAUAAUCUGCAAAGUAGUGAUGAGCAGCCAGCUGAGUCUUCGGGAGAGGUUAUUGAAGAGAAGCCCGCUCUAACAGCAGAUGAAGUGCAAGAAAGCAGUGUCAGAAAAGAAGCAAAGAGUGAGGCAGAAAUUGUUCUUGGAGAACAAAAAGAAGCAGAAACAGAGGCUCAAAGCAGCGAGAAGAUUAAAGUUUCGGAGCAGGUGGAUUCUAUGGGCAAUGAAGAAGCACAAAAUGUAAUACCGUUUGCUGGGGAAGGAUCCGAGAAAGAUGACAAGGGUGAAAAAGAACUCAAGGUAGAUAAGGCGAAUGAAACUGCUGCUUCUCAGAAUGAGGAAGAAGUUGGAAACACAAGGGAUGUGGAUUUGUCUGAGACAACUCAAGUUGAGGAGAUAGAAACAAACAGUGAGCAGGAACAUGUAACUUGCGCGGUCUCUGUAGAUCAGAGCGAGGAAGAUGUUGGCAAAGCAAGUAAUGUGGAUACCUAUGAAACCACCAUAGCUGAGCCACAAGAAACAAAGACUGAGCAAGAACAUGUGACUAGUGCUGUCUCUGAGAAGCAGAGUGUGGAAGAGGUUGGUGAAACAAGUAAUAUGGAUAUUUGUGAAAGCUCUGUAGCUGAGCAUGAAGAAACAAAGACUGAGCAAGAACAUGUGACUAGUUCUGCCUCUGAAGAGAAAGAGGUUGGUGAAACAAGUAAUAUGGAUAUUUAUGAAAACUCUGUAGCUGAGCAUGAAGAAACAAAGAUUGAGCACGAACAUGUGACUAGUUCUGCCUCUGAAAAGCAGAGUGAGGAAGAGGUUGGUGAAAAAAGUAAUAUGGAUAGCUGUGAAAGCUCUGUAGCUGAGCAUGAAGAAACAAAGACUGAGCAGGGACAUGUAACUAGUUUUGCCUCUGAAAAGCAGUGUGAGGAAGAGGUUGGUAAAUCAAGUGAUAUGGAUGUUUGUGAAAGCUCUAUAGGUGAGCAGGUAAGAACCAGCAUUCAGCAAGAAGAGAUAUCUGCUGCUGCCCCUGAAGAGCAGAGCAAGGAAGAGGUUGGUAGAGCGAGUAAUAAGGAUAUCUGUAAAACUACCAUAGCUGAGCAGGAACAUGUAACUUGCGAGGCCUCUGAAGAGCAGAGCGAGGAAGAGGUUGGUAAUUCAAGCAGUAUAUAUACCCGUGAGACCACUGAAGCUGGGGGCUCAGAAACCAAGAUUGAACAGGAGCUUGUAUCUGCUGCUGCUUCUAAUGAACAGGAUGAGAAGGAAUAUCAAGGAGAGGGGGAAACGGACAGUCCUGAGACUGCACUUGGGCAGGUCAAAGCAGAGGCUGAGGGUCCUGUUAGUUUGGAAGAGAAGGGUGAUGGAUUGGGGACAGUACUUGCUGAAGAUCAGGAGGGAGUAACUGAAGCAUUCUCGGAAGAAGACUUGACAGGUAGAGUGUAGGCCUGGGACUGGGAUCGAAUGUUAUUGUUAAAAACAAGCCACUCUUGAGGAAGUAAUACGCAUCCACCCAUAUUACAUGGUGCUUCUCAGAUGCGAGUGUUGUUUCUGAUUGGUUAUGAUUAAUUUUUUAAACGCAUUAAUUCUGACCAGUCAAUGCACCACCCAAAUCUGAAUUGUGCUGUCUGGAGUUGACUAACUGUUUAUUUUGGUUUGUUUCUUUGUUUGGUUUUUUCUUCUAAAAAACAGUGCAAGUUUGCUUUAGGCUUCAACAAUACAGCAGCUUGUCAGCAAAAGCUAACUUGCUAGAUAGUUUUACUGUUAAAUGCAAUUUAGCAGAGUUUGCAACCAAUAGGACCUAAAAUAAACUUGCAUGGUCAGCAGAGUCAGGUUAUGGACGUGCAUCAGAACUCUGUUUUUGUUGUGCCCUGCAUUUUUCAGACCUUGAGGUAAUCUGGCAUUGCAGCCUAGUCUAAUGUACAUUUCAAUCCAUGUGCAGAACAAAAGUGGUCACUACUAGUUUUCUUCCAUGACAAGAGUCUGCUGUAUUUGUUAGCGAUUCAAAAUCUACGUAUGAAUUACUUUGGGGAAAACAUGACUGGACUGCUAAAAAACCUGCUGUUAACAUCACGUUUUUUCUCCUUUUUUUAACCCUGUGUUAAUGUUCAACUCCUCAUCUCGUAAUAUUUUAUGUACUAACAACUUCCUUUUCAGCAACACCACCGGAAUUUUAUGGAAACGUUUUGGUAUUCUCUUUUAUGGGUUGGGCUCUCCAUUACUUCCACUGUGAAGAAGAUACAUGUAUUCAUGUCCAUAACGUUUUCAUAAUGAUAUAUGGAAAUAGUUUAGGUAACCUUACAAUCCACAGGUUGGCGAAAAACUGAGGCAGUCAAGUUUCUUAGGUAGUAUUAGGGUAAUAAUAAACAUGAUUGUAAUAAAUUCCCAAGGCGCUGAAGAGCUGACGCAAGGGACGAACUUUGUACUCACAAUGUUAAUCUUCAAAGAUAGAGAAAAAUGUUUAGGAGCAUUUUAAUUUUUAGUGAAUGAACAAGUUUUGUAUCCCAACAUUUUAGAAGUAAAUAGAUCAUGUAAUUUUAGUUGUUGUCUUCUAGCUAAGGCAAUAGCCUGCCAGGAGGGGCCAUUUUGUUUUGUAUAUAGAAAAUGGUUUUGCUUGUUUGUUAUCUAAGGGCAUCUAGGAAAGUUAUCACUGACAUUAUCAUUAUUAUUGUUAGUAGUACAUUUUUGUUAAGUGGUCUUUUGGUGGACAAAGACUAUUCAUUUAUUCUGAUAUUAAAAUUUAUUGCUUGAGGCUGAUCAUGGUAUUAAGGUCUAAUUAAGCAGAUCAAUCUGACCAAUAAUGAAAAACAUAAUGGUUUAUUAACUUAAAUUUCACAAAAAGUCAGGUCGUUACUUGUUUUGAAAUGUCAUCUGUCAGAUUAAGCUAAUCAACAAUGAGACAUUUUAUUUCGUUAAUAAUGGGUUAGGUCAUGCCAGGUGUUAUCAAACAGUUACUGUUAACAGAGGUGGCUCUUUCAUGAGGAAGGAGAAAAGAAAAUACAUGGGGUCUACCCUGAUAUAAAGACAGUCACUUAAUUGCUGUAUCGUUUGCCUCACUGGCUGCCUUGUUUAGAAUUCAAAUGUUAAAAUUUUAAUGGUGAAAACUAUGGAGACCUCUAGUUUGAUUAGUUUCUCACUGUUAUUACCUCUUUUUUUCAAACAGCUAUCACAGGCAGCGCUGAAGAUGGAACAGAAGCAACUGAGGAGAACAAAAGUGACGAAGAGCGGGUAAGUUCGGCCAGUCCUGCGUACAUUCCACCUUCCAGCCCUGCAGUAUUUAUACAACCAGGUGGUGAGGUGCAGUUUACAAAGGAUCAGUCUCCCGGAAAGGAAACUCAGGACAGCUGAUGUAGAAUAGGAAGUAGAAUGACGUAUGCUACAGCUUUAACCUCUUCAUUUCCAUAAGUUGCUAAAGUGCAAAUUCGACUAACCUUUUAAACUUCAUUUUGUUGAAUGCUAAAAAAAGAACAAAUAGUAUCAUGUAAAAAGGCAGCUAAAGAAAAUUUGAAUAUCAUUCAAACCGCCAUUUUAUUUUACUGUGGGUGGGAACAGGUUAAACGUUUUGUGAAGAAUGAUUAGGCAAGGAAGAUGUGAAUAUCUUGUUAAAUUUGCCGUAGAUUCCAAAACGUUAAACAGAAUAGUUUCCAUGAAAAAAAUUGGUCUAAAACAAGAGAGAUAAAAGUGAUUGCAUAAAAUGUAACAAGUAGAGUAGUGGAGAAAAAUUUAUUUGUAACAGACAGACAGUAAAUCAGGCAGGAUUGAGAGUAUAAACAUCCUUUGUCAAGUUUCACUCAGAAAUAUAUUUUUUCAAUACCAAAAACCUGAGUGAAUGUCAGGUGAAAUAAAAAAUAGGAAAAUCGCACUUAAUUUAAUUUUCAGGUUUUGACCAGAAGAUGCAGAUUAUCUGCUUUGGUCAAGUUUUUCAUGUUCGACCAUGAAGAACAUGUUGUCUGGGCUUAAAAGUUGACCUAUGUCUCAAUUAUCGAUAUAGGCAACUGUUGUAUAGUUUGGGGGACAAUGAGUCAAAAGAAGAAUGCGGCAGAGCACACGAAGUCUAACUACUUUAAAGCUUAUCCAUUCCAUCAAUGAAAUCAAAAUAAUGUACCUGAUAGGUUGGCAUCUGUCUGUGUCCCUUUUUGUCAUUUUGGAGUGACCUGUAUCAGCGUAAAGACAGUUACUCGGUUUUAUUUCAUUAUAGAGUGCAAUCAUUACCCUACUCUCCCAACGUGGAAGCAGGAGAGGGAAGGUUGAAAUCUGACACUCAUUCAGGGAGGAUGUUAAUUGUACAGUUAUCUACAUCAGAUUCUCUGGUGAUAUAGUAAUAACACUGGAUACUCUAAAUAAAUAGAUAUCUCUAGUUUCCGAUGCAUUUGAAGCAAUUGUAUUUCAAAAUUGAACAGAGAAACGGUAUUUUGUCUGAGAAAAAUCACUCUGUUGGGCAAAUCAUUUCGAUUUGAUGGAUUGGAAUGGAUAAGCCAUUAAACGCUUGGGCUCCCUCGAUCAGAGUAUCAGGGAGCUUAAAAUAAUCUUAUAAUUAACUUUUACUUGCUUCUGAACGGUAAUGCACACGGACAUGAGGAUUUUAAAACACUGAGUGACAUUAAAAGCUUAAUAUUUCAGGAUCAAAUUAAGAGUGAUUCAUUAAAACUUAGUUUGACGUGUAAUAUUUUACGUGAGUGUUUAGAUAGUCGUAAUGCUCUUAAAGUUUGAACUUGGAGAACAAAAUUUCAAGAUGAAUGUGUUUACGGUUCUCUUAACUGUUGGGAAAGGUGUUUUGUUUCACAAGGUUCGAAGUGACCUUUCAUUCAAAAAGUAUAAUUGAUUAGUACAAAUAAAAGUAGUGCAAUUUGACAUAAUACUAAUAGUUUCCUAGUGAUAAAUCAUGUACACUACAGUAUGCUGUGGCUAAUGGCUUUUCAUGUUAUUUGAACAUUUGCUUUUUCUAAUUUGCCAUGCUUAGCUGUAAUAGUUGACGAUAGAAUAAAACAAUAAAAGGUAAAAUUAAUGUACAACUAAUUUUUGUUGGUUGGUUUUUGGUUGUAUCCUAAAGCUAACUCCUGCUAGUCUUAAUGUGGUUGCGUUAUACUAAUUCUGAGUAAGAUCUUUUGUUCGAGGCCUCGUAGCGGAACGGAGAGCCUUUUCCUUACUUGACUGUCCUAUGCAAGUACAUUUGGAAUUUGAAGUAAUUUGUAUGGUCAAGUAAUGGCUGAGAAAGGCAAAUGUCGCUAAUCAUUGCCCAUUCAUUUUAAAGAACUUUAUACUUGUGCGUUAAAUUCACAAUAAAAAAUAUCUUGAAACAUAGAGGCGUGCACCACCGGUAUCCUGCAAAUCCUUAUAGUGAAGGGUUGUGUAUUGUUUGCAGAGGUUCGAAGUUUUCAGUACAGUAUUCUUUAUAAAAUUAUGAUAUAAUAUUGAAAUAACUACUGACAACUUAUGAAAAUUAAGUGUUUGUCUUGACCUUACAGCAGCGUGUGUCUCUUUGACCUUGCACAUAGUUUUCUAAAAUUAACCCAAACCUUUGUCUCUAGGGCUGCAACUAUGUAUCAAAAUAAUACCUUGACGAAACUCACAGUCGUAUCAGAAAAGCCAUUUUGAUUUGGGGUCUACUCUUCACAAAAGGAAGCGUGGUUAACUGCAGUGUGUUCCCUUUCUACACUUUGUUGAUAACCCUGCCACUAAUUCUCUUCCAUCCUUGAAAUCAUACACUCUAUCCUCAAACUGCCCUGAUGAAUUGUACUUAACUUCUAUCAUUUUAAUCGUGCUUUUUGUUUCCACAAACCACUUUGGUGAAUUGUAAUGUAAUCCCAACCUUGCAGUCCUGCAACCAAUCACUAGUCCAUCCAAGUUACUGCAGACUUGCCCUUAUCCCCAAACUACUACUUUGAUUUCCUAUCGUGCUUUCUCUUUCUUACAGUCAUGUGAAAUACUAAAAUGACCUUAAUAAACUCUACCACAGUCCCAUCCUUUAAGUCAUGCAAUUUAAGCAAAGCUACCUUCAUGAAAUGUAAGGCAGUCCUGUCCUCACAAUCUUACUAUUUUCCGUCAAACAACCUGGUAAAAUGUCUUUGGUCCCAUCUUAAACUUUGUCUUGCAUCUUUUCACCCUAUAUAAUAUGCAGUCCUAGCCUAACCUGACUCCUGCUCUUUAUGACCAAACUACGUACUGUGAUUAACCAAAAUGCUGUCCUUCUUGCAAUCCUACAAUUUCUUAUCAAACUACUUCGAUGAACUGUGAGUAGUGAAGUUUGAUUCUUCCAAUCUUGUUAACAAUCGUUUGAAUAACUAAUACAGUUCCAUUCUUGUAAUCGAGUGCUUAUUCACUAAACUAAAAUGAAUUGUAGUGCACUGACAUCUUGCAAUCCUAUAAUUUCUCAUCCAAACUACUUUGAUCAACUGUAAUUCAACCCUUUAUGAUCAAAUUACUUUGAACAACUAUUAGUCCCAUUCUUGCAAUUAAGGACUUAUUCACCAAACUACUUGGAUGAAUUGUAGUGCACCGAUAUCUUGCAAUCCCGCAAUUUCUCACUUAAAUACUUUGAUGAACUGUCAUGCCAUCCCAUCCCAUUCUUGCAAUCCUGCAAUUUCUCAUCGGACUUCUUUGAUGAACUAGAAAUGCUGGCAGAUUCUCUUAAUCCUGUAAUUUAUCAUCAGACUGCUUUGAUGUACUGUCAUGUCACCCCAUUCCUGCCAUCCUGCAAUGUCUCAUUGAACAAAUUUAAUGAACUGUAAUCCUAUCCAAUUCUUCUAGUCCUGUAAUUUAUCACCAAACUACGUUAAGGAACUGUUGUGUAAUCACAUUCUUACAAUCCUGCAAUUUCCCACUAUAUUAUGCAGUCCUCUUUCUAUCCUGCAAUCUCUCACUCAACCUCUGAUGAACUUAAUUUGGUGCAGUCACAUCCUUGCAAAACUGCAAUUUCUCACUAUUUCUACUUUGAUAAAGUGUAAUGCCAUCCCAUUCUUGUAACCCUGUAAUUUUCAUAUUCAACUACUUUGAUGAACUGUCAAUAAGUCUGAUUCUUUCAAUCCUGUAAUUUAUCAACUACUUUGAUCAACUGUAAUGCAGUCCCAUCUAAUGCAAUCAAGUACUUAAUAUUCACCAAACUACUGAAAUGAGUUUUAGCGUACUGACACCCUCACAAUCCUGCAAUUUCUCACUAGGCUACUUUCAUUAACUGUCAUGCCAUCCCAUUCUUGCAAUCCUGCAAUUUCUCAUCAUCUGUUUUGAUGAGCAGCAGCAGCUUUUUUGGAUGGACCUUUAUGCAGUCCCAUGUUGCGGCUUGCACUUAUUUAUCAAACUACUGUUAAUGAGUGAAUUGUAGUACAGUCACAUCCUGGCGAUCCUGCUAUUUCUAACUGAACAUGUUUUGAUAAACUGUAUUGCCAUCCAAUUCUUUCAAUCCUGUAAUUCAUCACCAAACUAUUUUGAUUAACUGUCAAUCAAUCAAUCAUGCAAUUUGUCACUAAUUUCUACCUUGAUAAACUGUAAUGCAGUCAUAUUCUUUCAAUCUUGCAAUUUCUCACUAAACCUCUGAUGAACUGUGGUGCAGUCACAUCCUUGCAACCCUACAAUGUCCCACCAAACUACUUUGAUGAACUGUAAUAUGGAGCCCUGAUCUUGCAAUCCUGCAAUUUCUCACUAAAUCACACAACUGUUAUGCUGGCACAUUUGUGCAGCCCUGCAAUUUCCCACCAAACUACUUUUACACUUUUGUUAUUUGUCACUUGCAUAUUUUGAGGGACUGUUAUGAAUUUCCGUUCAUGAAAUCCUGCAGUUUCUCACCACCCUACUUUGUUGAAUGGUAAUGCAGCCCCAUCCUUUCAAAAAUUUUGCACUUUUUCCCCAAAAUGUUAUGCAGUCUCCACUUUGUAGUUCUUUAAUAUCACUCCAAACUACUUUCAAUUUAUUGAUGAAUUAUGAUUAACUUUUGAUCAUAACACAACCUGAAAGACCAUGUUUUUUUGGAACUUGUUCACAGAAGAAAGUCCAGACCUAUAUUAGCAGGCAUUAACAUAAACAUAAACCAUUUUGAUACAGGCAGUUAAUGUAGUGAUGCCAAAUAUGAAGCUCGGAUUUUGAAGACCCCAAUAAUUUUUUUUACCUUUCUACUGAAAAAACUGCACCACACUCCAAAACAAACAAUAUGUGACUACAUACUGACAAUACCUUUCACGAACAUUGAUAUAUGUUGAAUUACACUUAAAAAUUCAGAUGAGUUAAGAUGGUUCAAACAUUGCAUUUCACCUGGGCCAAAUUUAAUUGCUAUAGUUAUGGAGGGAAAUCUUUUGACUGUUUUUCCCCGAAGUGCAAUGUUUGAACCCAGCUUAAGGGAAAGUAUUUGGUGACAAAAAAGAAAAGAAGAAACAAGUACACCUAAUGGCAUUUUAUUUUUCAUCUUCUCAAACAACAGUUCGAAGUAAAUUUCUCUCUCUUUCUUCUCAAGUAGAAAGAAAAUAAUUAUUUUAAAAAAUGUGCAUGAAGAAUUCUAUUUUGGUAACUUGGACAAAUGUAUUAAUUCUUUCUGCAGCCACAACAACCAAACCUGCAAGAGACCAACAAACAAACUUCAGUCGAGGAAGAAACUGCUAGGGUCUUCCUUGAUGAAAUCUUGAGUGAAGUUUGUGGGGAUGAUGAUAAGCCACAAAGGGAACAGUUAGGAAAAGAAGAAGGUAGGGUUAGACUCCUGCAAACAUGACCUUACUUUUUUCAAAGAACAUUUGAAAAAUGUUUGGGUGUGUUAGUGGAGGAAAUGUCACAACUUCCAUAUUUUAUUUUGUUGUAUUGCACUAUCAAUAAUUAUUACUUCCUGGGCUGUUAGAUCAUUGGCUUGUUACGAGUGCAGUUUUCAAAUUUUGUCACUCUUAUAGCUAUAGAGGUAACUUUUGAGGCCAUUCUGACAAUCACAAUAGUAUUGUGAUAGGUAUGUGAUUGCAGCAGUGAGUUAAGUGUUGUAGCCGUUCUGCCAGUUGUCAGAAGAAAUCAUCAAUGGUGGAGGAAUAUAACAAGCUGCCAUAUCAUCUUGAGCUCAGACAAGAGCAACAUGUAUUAAUUACAACUGGGGCCUGUUUAGUUCCAUCACAAAUACUGGUGGUGGGAGGGUGGGGGUUUUCGGGGGAUAAAAAAACAAAUGACUGCUCAUUUUAUAGGAAUAUUAUUUGUAACUACCUGUAUCCGAAGCACCAGAAAGGUCAAACAACUUUCUAGUUUUGAUCUAGAACAUUAUUUCUUUGUAGGUGCACAAAACACCACCACUGCAAAUGACGAAAAACCAGCUGCUAAAUUGGGGUCUGAAGCUGAUCUGUGUGUUGAUGUUGAUGACAGUGUGUUGUCUGAUGAGGCCUUAGAGAAACUGGAUAAAGAGCUUGAAAAAGCAGGAAACAAACCUGAAGUCAGCUGCUCUGGUGCUGCUAUAUCUGUGAAUGGUGUUGAUCAUGAAUAACAAGGAACGUCAUCAA